UGCAGUUCCGUGGCUUUUAAUUCUUCAAAUAUGCAGGGGAUCCCGGAAGAAAAUAUUUUCACAAGAUUGGCACGUAUUCAGAACGAGGGGUCUGGCAACGCUGGUCUUUAUGAGAAGUCUGGCGAUUCUGAUCCUCUUGGCGAUGAUGAAAACGAUGAUGCAGGCUCAGUGGUUGAUGCAAGAAGCGUUUCCCAGAACGGCAAUGUGUCAGAGCGUUUUGUUGAACUUGUAGAUGAGGCCGUGACAGAAAUCAACCUUCAGAUUGAAGCAAAUAUCAGGAGGAAUGCAGGAGAAACAACAUUUGCGAUUGUUGAGACGACUCCCCCUAAAGAAUUUCCUGAGCAGGUUCCAAGUGAUGAAGCCGUCAUGGUGACUUCUUCUGAAAUUCCUCUUGUGACUGGUGAAGCAUUGGUAAUGCAACCUGUUGUUCCCGGUGCUAUCUUCGAUCCUCCCUUCGAUACCCCUUAUGCAGGUCAUGUGUUGGAAGCGCUCCAAAGGAUGAAAGCUGCUCUUGCCCAGAAGGACGAGUUGCUGCUGAAGGACUUUCCUUGA